AUGCCUUCAAAACCAAUUGCUUCCCCUCCCCUUCAACCUAAGAAGGUACACGGCACGACCCGCGAUGACGAGCCAGUUGACGACUACGAGAACGCCAUCCGCUCAAAACAACAGGAAGAAGAGGGCUCACAGCGUGCAUCGGACGCAGGCAAUAUAGCAGCAGCACGUCGUGUUAAUGCUCCGGGCGGACCGCACGAACGGCAUAUUGGGAACACAGGGUCUCGGAAUCGAUCGUCAACGGGGCAUUGA